AUGACGGGUAUGCAACCUAUUCCCACAGAGGUGUCCGAAUGGCGCCUCAGAGUGGCCAACGUCGUUCACGACGUCUUUUCUUCUUUCUUUUCCUCAGAUCGCUUGUCUCGAACAUCUAAAAAUGGUGAGUCUGGCGACGAAACGACGACUCGUGGCUCUCGAGGCCUCGAAACAAGCCGAUGGGCGCCCCAGAAUGCGAAUGCCAGUGCGAACGUCUCGAAGACAAACGCCAGCAGGCCUAAUACAUGUGUGUCCAGUGGAAGGCGUUUGGAAGAUAGUCGCUGGGCGCCAAAACAAGUGGUGCAGCGCAGUCGCCCUGCUGUUCGUGGUUUGGAGGAUAGCAUGUGGGCGUCGAGGGUGGAUACUAAAAAGGGCACAGAGGUAAAGGGAAAGGGCCUUGCCCCCAGUGAAAGUCCUGCACACCACUCUUCCUCUCUUCCCUUCACUUCCUUCACUUCCUUCACUUUUGAUCCCUCUUCACUUUCAUCCACCAAACCUCAGCCUCUUUCUUCUCAUUCUCUACUUUCAUCUCCAUCUUCCUCAUCUUCUCGAGUCUACUCAAACGAUACUCGUAUUUCUUCAAAUACCAUUACCCCUCAUACUUCGCCAAAUAAACCCGUCAUUAUGUUUCGCCCCGCGAACGUGGACGACACUGCUGGAUUCAUGGCAGCUGCUCGUGCUCGGAACCAAAGCAGCCAGGUAACCACGUCUGCUGUCGUUCAAAAGGCGUCUAGCGACCAAGAAAUUCGUCCUGAACCUUCUACUUCUUUCAUUGGCAAUCCUAUUGCUCCUGAGUUUGUGCCCUUGUUGCCCAGCUCGCUCGCUGGUAACCACGGUGGUAGCCAGGGCGACGCGUGGACUCCUGCUCCCAAGAAAGUUCCUGGUAGGAAGGGAACUUUCUCUCCUGUUGGCAGUCCUACUGCGCCUGAAUUUGUGCCUUCGUCUUCCAGCUCGCUUGCUGGUAAUGUUGCUGGUAGCCAGAACGGUCUCUCUCCCACUGGCUCUAAGAUCUCCAGCUUCGUUGGCAACCCUUCAGCAGAAGAGUUUGUUCCUUCUAAGCCCAGCUCCUUGGUUGGUAAUCCUGUGGUCGAAGAUGCGCUCUCUGUGUCUGUUUCAAAAAAAGGAAACAAUACUGCCGACCGUGUCUCCCAGGAGGACUGUGGACCUGAUAGCUUCGGUUCCAAGCCUCAGCUUGCCAUCCCUAUGGCUGCGCCUUCGAAAGAACCGGCAACUGUCAUCAGCAUGGAUGAUACUGCUGGGUUCAUGGCUGCUGUGCGCGCCUUGAACCAGUCACGUAAUGUCUCUACCGUUAGCUGCACCACUGCUGUCGAGCAGAACCCCGAUUUGAUGAACGUGGUGGACGAUAACUCGGAGCCGAAACAACCUACUGAACUCCCUGUCGUAUCUCCUGCCAGGCACCUUUUUACCCCAUCUCCAUCCAAGGCCGAGAGGGAGCCCAUUGUGGGAUUCACCACUCUUGACACUGAGGUCUCGGCCCAAAGUAUCCAACCGUCUAAUGAGCCUCCUAAUUUUGAGGAACGUCCUAGUACUUCGUUCGAAACUAUCAACGCGGACGAUACCGCGCCGAUUGUGGUGCCUCCUUCCAUCGAGGGAUAUCCUGCUACGCCUUCAUCCGAGAAGCCCGCCAAUGUGGAUGACACCGCAGCAUUCAUGGCUGCUGCCCGUCGCCUAAGACGUACCCCGGCAGGUGACACCGGCGAAUCCACGGGUACUGCUCUAGAUGCGGUUAAAUCGCAAGCUAACUGGCUGAACAGCCUGUCUCCUGUGAAAGAAGACCUGAGAUCUCUUGAUGUUUACAAUGUGCCUCAACUUAUGAUUCCCGUUCAGAGCCUGAAGCGCGCAGAAAUCGGUCACCCCAGCAUGUCUCCUACCGAACACUUUGUUUCCGCGGCUUCUUCUCCAGCGGUGAAGACCAAUAAUGAUUUGAAUGGAUCUGCGAACUCGUACACUGUCACUGUUUCGAAGCAGGAGCCUGCUGUGAAUGGAUUCUCAGCUGCCUCUAAUGGCAUCGAUACCGCCAGAUCUUUGUCUACUACUGAUAAUUCCAACAACCCCGAGCCUGAAGCGCCAAAGGAAAAAAUUGCUAUUAGCGUGAAUGAUACGGCUGGUUUUCUUGCGGCUGUUCGUGCUCUGAAAGAGAGAAACCGGUCUCCUAGCAUCUCCUAUACUAACGCAGCUCCCCAUGAGAGAAGGCCUUCGAAUGAAUACUGUUCUGCAACUCGUGCUCAUCCGAGCAUCACCGCUGUCGAAGACGAGGAUCGCGAGAACCUGAUCACUUUCAAGUCGUGGGGUACCCCUGCUCCUCGAGACAAGCCUCCUUCACAAGUGAGACGCAUCAUCCUCACCGGAUUGCCUCCUAGCUGGGCUAUCCCCACCAAGGUGCUGUCUCUGAUACAUGGUGGUGCUAUCGAGAAGGUCAACAUCGAUUCGUUCGGAAAUGCUUAUGUUUACUUCUGCGACCAUGAAGCCUGCAAGGCGUUCUACGAAAAGUACCCGAACGGUAUCGGCCUUGGCCAGAGUAAUGUCUACGUCGAGAUCGGCCAGGAGGUUGACGUCGUCAGCUCUCAGUUGACCUUGAGCCGCUCCAUUGGUGCCACUCGUGUUGUCCGGGCCGUGGGUGUUGACCUGAAGGUCACGAUGGACCAGCUUCACCAAAUUGCCACCGGCAGCAAUCGUAAGAUCGAGAAGAUCACGGACAACUACGUUCCUGGCGAGGCUCGUACAGUGAAUUUCCGUUUCUGCAGCAUCGACGACGCGAAUAAAUUCCGUGCGAUGCUCGUUCGUGAUGUUGAGUGGGAGCACUGCAACAUCCAAUAUGGGAAGGAUCCUUGCGAGCUCGCCUCUGGCUUUCAUAUGGAUUGA